UUUUUGAAUUUUCAAGUUAGUAUGUUGAAUUUUCAAGUUAGUAUCUUGAAUUUUCAAGCUAGUAUGUUGAAUUUUCAAGCUAGUAUGUUGAAUUUUCAAGUUAGUAUGUUCAAGUUAGUAUUUAGUAUGUUGAAUUUUCAAGUUAGUAUGUUGAAUUUUCAAGUUAGUAUGUUGAAUUUUCAAGUUAGUAUGCUGCAUUUUCAAGUUAGUAUGUUGAAUUUUCAAGCUAGUAUGUUGAAUUUUCAAGUUAGUAUGUUGAAUUUUCAAUAUGUUCAAGUUAGUAUGUUGAAUUUUCAAGUUACUAUGUUGAAUUUUCAAGUUAGUAUGUUGAAUUUUCAAGUUAGUAUCUUGAAUUUUCAAGCUAGUAUGUUGAAUUUUCAAGUUAGUAUGUUAAAU